UUUUCUUCCUGUCAGAACAGAAGAUCGAUCGAAGAGGGCUCGCGAGACACAGAGGUAGAAGAGACGAGGAGAAAGAAAGAGGAGGAGAGUGGCCAAAGAAAAAAAGGACUUUGUUAGCCGCUCCGCUGAGGUGGAAUUGAAUUUGAAUUUUGCAUCUCCAAACAACAUCUGAUUUUAACGCCAUCGCCAUCGCCAUCGCCAUCGCCAUCAUCGCCCCCUUCCACAGCUGCCUGCCACCAUCUCAAUCCAAACCUAUACUUUCUCUGCCACAUCGCCACCCACCAACCACCAUCCACCACCACCACCCACCACCGCCGAUGCUGAUAUUGCUCGAUCUACUUCCUCAGCUCGCCAACCACGUCUUUUAAGCUGUCAAAUUCACCUUUGGUUUUGUUUUCUUUAUUGAAGAUCUGAGCCGCUUUGGUUUCUUCAUCUUCCCACCCCUAUUUCUCAUCAUCAGCUAGCUCUGUUUCAGAUCAUUACAUUUCCAAGUCAUCAAGUAGGUUGAUAUAUUAUGCUGGAUUUUAUUGCCCGUUUUGGUGGAUCACCUACUCUACAGCUUAUGCAAGAACUCUAUCAUUUUCCAUCUCCAUGAUUUGUUGUUUCUGUAUACUGCUGUGAAACAAAUAUGCAGACGAGUGGGAGUCUUUCCAAGAAUAAUUCUUUGAGACUGACACCUCAGCAGUCUCUUCGCCGCUUGGGGUUGUGUUCUCAAGUAGCAACUGGACAGCACUCCUCCCCAAUUGUCUUUCCCGAAAAACGUGGCAAGGUGAAGGCUUCCAGGCGUGGUGACACAAGUGUCAACAGUGAUGAUCUCAAGAAAGCAAAAAGGGAGGAACACAGGAUUGAUAUUGGAGAUGAACAGUCUGACUUGUUGGGAUAUGAAGUGUUUUCUGGAAAGCUGGUUUUGGAUAAGAGAAAGACAAAUAAAAAUGAUGAUACACAAACUUCAACAGAGAUUUUGAACCAGGAUGCUGUUGAUGCAAAACUCACAAGCAAGGCAUUAGUCUGGGGUUCUCAUGUGCUCUGUCUAGAGGAUGUGAUUUCGGUAUCGUACAACGUUGGUAUCAGACAUUUUACUAUUCAUGCAUACACUGUGAAAAAGGGUUCAUGUGGCCUUUCUUGCUUUAUGAAAACUGGGAGAAGUCGGAAGGAUUUUCGCUUCUUGGCUUUUACCUCUGAAGAAGCAGUCCAGUGGGUUACUGGAUUUGCUGACCAGCAGUGUUUUGUGAAUUGUUUGCCUCAUCCUUUGAAGCAGGCUUCAGAAAUGGUUGCUAGUGAUUUUCCUUAUGAAUUACGCAUAAAAUGUAAGAGUCCACCUAAAAUGCUCGUGAUUUUAAAUCCACGAUCUGGACGCGGUCGUUCGAGUAAAGUUUUUCAUGGGAUGGUGGAACCAAUAUUUAAGCUUGCAGGGUUUAAGAUGGAGGUAGUCAAAACAAAAUCUGCUGGUCAUGCUAGAAAACUUGCCUCCAAUGUUGAUUUCACCACAUGCCCUGAUGGAAUUAUAUGUGUUGGAGGUGAUGGAAUUGUUAAUGAGGUUUUAAAUGGUCUACUCAGUAGAGACAACCAGAAAGAAGCAAUUUCAAUUCCAAUUGGAAUUAUACCGGCUGGUUCAGAUAAUUCUUUGAUUUGGACUGUUCUAGGAGUUAGAGAUCCAAUCUCAGCUGCAAUAGCUAUAGUGAAGGGCGGCCUUACGGCCACAGAUGUUUUUGCUGUUGAGUGGAUUGAAACUGGUGUUAUUCACUUUGGGAUGACUGUCUCGUACUUCGGUUUUGUUAGUGAUGGUAACUUAUACUUUGUGAUUCAUUGCUUUUGAUUUUUGUCAAAUUAGUGACUCAG